UACAGAUUUUAAUCGAUCUCCUCUUUGUUAUUCCACAACUCUGUGACAAAAUUGUGUACCUAAUACUAAUUGCUUAAAAAUCAUGUUUAAAUAACAAACAAGUUGGCAAGUUAAUAAUCAACAAGAGGCAUGAUGAAUUCGUCGAUGUGUCACGCAUGUGCAUUUAUACAUGUGCAUUUUAAACCGGCCGGCCAGCCAGCCAGCAAAGCUGAUUCUAAACACUAGCAAAGCUGCGCGAAUAACCUAUGAUGCAUACGACGAAGCGUUUCAGGUCACCGCCACGAGCGCGCGCCGCCUGCCCGGUAAACUACGCAUCUUCGAAUACCAUAGGGGCCAUCGCGUUGAGGUUCCCAUAUGUAAUGUUGAACGAAAUCAGCGUGCCUAACCCCGUUGCAUCUGGGUCGUGGGUGGUUGAAACGAUAUGUAAGAUGAGUGAUAAACGCCAGUUUCCACGAUGUUUCGCAGUAGCUAUCGUGAUCCUGCAGUUAGUAUUAGGUCAAACCAACAGUGCCAAAGUAGACAAGGUGGUUGUAGUGAUGCCCAAAGGUCCCAGGACGCUGCAGAUGCUUGGGUCUAUUAGUCCGCAGUUGCUGCAUACAAUCAGUGAUGUGCUGAAACCGGUACCAUCUAACGUAGUUCAAAUACCAGUUCCUUACUAUCCCGAUGGACACAGAUAUCAUAAGAAUAACAAGUAUAAAAACGGUGGUUUUUCAAAACAAUUGCACCACGCGUAUUUUAAGAACCCAUUCAAGGCUAAACCGGUUGUCCAUUUCGAUAUAAAACAUACCCAACCUGGGCCUUACGAUACCCCGUUCACACCAGUGCUAAAACCUAGUCCAGUAAGUCCAUUGCACGUGGAGAAGGCCCCGGAGAUCAAGUUCACGCCGAUCAAUCUGCUUCCACCCGAGCCGCCCUCAUUUGACACCGUACGAAAUUACGUUCAGAUGCUCAAGCAAAAGCAAAAGGCAUUCUUCGACAAUCAAGGAUACGAGUAUGGACUAUCGGUUGUACCUCCGCCGACUAAAUAUUCCGACUAUCUGAAGAAGAAAAAAUAUCCUCAUAAAUAUAGUAAGCCCAGCUACGAAUAUUUAUUUAACUCGCACCCGAACGAACUGUCCCACGUCGGUCACGGAAAUCAGGUCAAUCAGGUCGAGGAGAACGUGUACUACACCGAGUCGGACGACAACUUACACUAUCACAGUCAGGGUAACCACGCGGAAGGGCACGAAUACGUAAUACCGCCGGAUAAUGAAUUUCAUACGGCAAUUCCACUCGUAGGAUUUGUUGACUCGGAAGAUGCACACUUCGAGCAGAAAGGAGAAGAUUUGGUACUUAAAACAAAGCACCCGCAUGCUGCGGUUAUCACUCCAGAGGAGUUGGAAUACUUCACCCAUCACUACCCGAAUGAGCACGUAUUUUCGGAAAAACCGGACCAAAAAUCGAAGAAUAACAUCGAAAGUGAAGAUCCUGGUAACGCAGUUCAUCGGAGAGAAAAGCGGUAUAAAAAUGAACGGACUGGCCGAGCGAGCGGGAAUCAGGAUGAAGAGGCUGACUUCUAUGAUUCCGACGAGUCGAAGAAAUCUUUGGGGGAUGACGAUUUUUACGACAUUGAGGAAGUGAAGGCACACGCAAAUUUUGAACCGAGAAAAACCUAUACUCAAGUGCGUCACGAGAAUACCAACCGAAAGGAAAACAAUGAGUCAGGGCCGGGGCCACGAGUGCGCGAAAAAGUCACAGUGUCCAAAACAAACAUCGUCUACAGUGAGAAGGGACGGGAAGACGACAGAUUCGAUCACGCGGAGGAGGAAUCUUCCGGUGCUUUCAGUUCCAAAUCAAAAACACCGAAAAAAUAUCGCAGCAAGCGGGAUGUUUCUGAACAGAUAGCAACAACUGAGGCGCCCGUAGAAACGCGUGCUGUUGAAGGACAACAAUCGGAGGAUUUUUUUGACGAACCGAGCAGUCAGGAAAACGAAAUUGAAUAUGAGCUACGGCCGGAACAGGACGAUGGAGAAAAUCAAAACGACACGGACGCGAUUCUGCUUCCUUACGCGCAAGCGCUGGUGCUCCAAAACGGAACGGAUAUGAUUUUACUUCCCCUGCCGGAGGCACUGGUCGACCCGAGGGAACUACAAGGUGAAGAACUGCUAAAUUUUCUCGAUGAAGCUAUUCAAAACUCAACCAAAUUUUUACCAAAGGAAAAGAAAAAGAAACGCAUUGAGGUGAGUCCAGAUAUUAAGAAGCUGCACGGAGAGGAAUUGAUUCAAUUUUUAGAUGACGCUAUCAAAACGUCCAAUCAAUACCUUAUAAGUGAAAGAUCCGAUACCGGUUCCGGAGAUGCGAUCGAGCUGAUCAAAGGUCCUCGUUUGGGGGAGGAACAGGCAACGGCGAAGACGCAACGACGAGUCGAUCAUGUAAUCGAAUUCGGUGCGGAUUCACCCCGGGCUGAGCAGGUUCGAGGAGAUUUUCUGCAGCACAACGGAAAUCAUCGGUUGCCGGAUGUGCCACAGUACGAGACGGUGAGAUUUAUAAGGCCGUUCAGUACACUGUUGAAGCUUCAAGAAGCAGCUGCACCCGAUGAUGAUUAUGAGAUUGAAAUUGAGCCGCAAAAUCCGAAAGAUUUGCACGGACAAGAUUUAAUUCAAUACCUAGAGGAGGCAAUCGAUAAUACCACACACUUGAUCCCGGCAAGCUACGAUAGUCAAAGCUAUACUACACCGUAUAUGGAUCGUGCUUUCCAUUACGUCGACGUGGAUACGGCGUUGAAGAUUGCUGAUAAUGUUACAAGUCAGAUUUCCGAGUAUUUAAACAAAAGAAAAAAACUGAAUGAAAUCGACUCACAGCCAGCAGAGGAACAUCUGGCUAUCAGCGAUGGAGGAUUCGUACCCGUUCGACGGUCGGAUGUGGUUAAACUCAAUCCUCAUUUUAAGCCAGAUUUUGUGGGGAUUCCGAAGGACGCCUACAAGGACUCUCAGCAAAAACAACUAAACCCUGCAGUUGUUGUGUAUAACGACGUUAUCAGACAUAUCAAAAAUCAUCUGUCGUCAAGUAAAGCAUCAAAGACAAAUGAUCGUAACAUGAUAAUGAUCGCUGUUCCCAGGAGCUUGGAAAGCAAAAACAGUCAGGAGGCCCAACGAAGAGGGGACUAUGGGCUAGAGAGUAUUCGAAGUUCUACGAUGUUUUCACUUCCGAUCUUCGAUAUCACCAAAUUCUAUCCAUCUUCAAGUUUGGCCUACGAAAGCUUCGACGACGACGACGAUGAUGAUGAAGGGAAGGAAUACAAAGUACCUAAUAAAAUGAAAAUCAUAAUAGAGAAAGAAGCUGAGAGGGCCGUAGAAAAGGCCACAAAGUACAGCAGUAAAGGUCCAACCACACCGAGCACCAAAGCGUACAUUCGAGAUGACAUCGAAGACGCCUUCAAAGACGUUCCUUACACGAUACCGCCGCCCAAUCAGAUCAUUCCCAUCAAACCGUACUCGGUUAAGGAGAAGCUUCGCGAUGCACCGCAGCCGACGUUUAAAAAACCUGGUCCGCCAUACGCGGCCCUGCCGCUGCCACCGGUCAGCACCAGCACUAAGGUGGCGUCACUCAACACGGUGUCAAAACAUCGGAAAGCCAACCACAACCACGGUUCGCCCCCGCAUCCUCCAGCGAAGCGGAAAAGACCAUCAAAACAUCGUUCCCACAGUGUAAAGCGGAUAGUGCCCAUAGUGCGGAAAAGGGUGCGCAUCGUUAAGCACUGA